UCUUCCAGAUUAAACUACAUGCAGUCAGUCGUGUCAGUUCGGAGCCUUGGUGCUCUUUAAGUAGCACAAAGAGUAUUCCAUUCACGUGUACGUGAUGUUCGAGCGCACUAUAAUUUUGCAGCUUCUCGACCAUUUCUCAGUUAAUGUUUCCGACCACUUCUCAGAUGUUGCAGCAGUAGUGUCGUGGAGAAGACUACAUCCGCUCAUCUCCGGUCAUCUGUUUCCUUCGCACACGACCAUCAGAACUUCAUUCGCGGACCCAAAAGAUCCAGCGGGGACAGCAUCAACGGCACCGGACCCCGGGUCAUCAACAUUCGACGACACCCCGGUAGUUGUGCAAGAUCCUGGUGCGGCGCUAACGGCUUCGAGGGACGACAGCGACGACAUCGGGUUGUCUGAGCAAGACCUGCAGGUCGCGGAUAGCAACAGCGCCAACGAGGACGAUGGGCCGAACCAGGCGCCCCUCGACGAGGACCCAGCGGGUGAGCAAGGCGAUCCGAAAUUCCCGGAACUUCAGCCCCCGGAAGAAGGAAAUGCAGCUGCGCAUAGUCCACCAGGCGAACAUCAUCAGCAGGAGGGAGUCACGCCCAAUCCGACAUCGGAUCAAACACAAGAAGAACUGAAGAACUCCGAUCUCCUGACAGUGACGCCCGACGACGAGAAGCCGCCGCCCGAUGCCACGGGCCCCCGAGAGACAGACGACAGCAACCAGACAGCGGCGGCGCGGGAGGCCGCAGCGAUGGUCCAGCCGGGGCUUGAGACGGAAGCGCAGCACGCAAAAAAACAAAAACUCGCGCUUGCGAAGAAGUUGGACGACCUCUUUCGCAAGCCGGAUGGCAGCAUGCGCACGGAACAAGAACAGGCGGACCACAUUGCGCGAAAACUCGUCGCCGAUUGCGACACUGGUGAGUUGCAGAUGAAGUGCGCGUGUACCGCGAAUCAAGAGCAGCGACUCCUCGCCCGCUGCAACCACGCGAAGCAAACACUGGAAAACGGGAUGCAGGCGGAGGGCCAGACGCCGUGGGUCGCCUGCGACAGCAAGGAAUCGGUCCUGGAACGGGCGAGGACCGAGGCGGCCCCGACGGGCGACGGAAAGUUUGUCUGUGCGCUGAAACUACCCGACGCUGUGCCGUCGCCUUCCGUCGUGGGCAAGGAUAGUGCAACGUCGACAAAGAAACUAGAACUCUCCUAUGCCGGAGCGCGGGUUGGGAACCAGCGGAUUUUUGACCCCUGUGCGUCCAAAUGCCGGCGUCCUAUCGACGCCUUCCCGUAUAAGGAAAAGGAAAAUCAGGAGGUUCGCGGCAACCACGCGCAUUCACUAGAUGAGAAAAACGUCGUCUACCGAAACUUGCAAGCGACCCGUCUGGACGUGGUGAAUUGCCCCGAAGAGAAACUGCAGGUCCGGUGCCGGUGCCAGGACCAGCCCGCGAUUGCUUCUCUAGCGGACAUGCCGUUGCGGCCCGACACCGUGCAAGAAAACGGCCAGACCCUAGACGUCCGCUGCCGCAAACCGGAAUCCGAGUUUUUUCCCUGUUUGCCCGUAGCGCGAGAGAAAAGCAAGUACAGCAGCACGAUCUCGGCACCAGGGCAGAAAUUGGAAGUGACCUGCCUCCUUCCCUUCGGGGAGAGGUGUAAGAAGCCGGCGAACGGGGUGGGCAUCGAUUUGAAAAGCUGCCAGACGAUGCUGAAAAAAGUACAGCUCCCAACCAAAACGGAAGCGCGAGAAAUGCAGUAUGUCGAUUUCUGCUCCGGAAAGUGCGCGGGAAACGUCUACAGCGAUUUCGUGGUGCAGAAUCUUGAAACCAAGAUGGGUCUGGCAAGCCGGAAAAAAGUGACCGAUAGAUACACGGAAUUCGAUCCCGUCAAAAAGGUAGAAGGGUGGAAGCAAAAGCUGGACUUCAUGUGAAACAGUACACGUCUCGCGUUCGAACUCGAAGUCAAGUGCAGCAUCAUACAUAUAG